UAACGACGAGUCGUAAGGUCUCUGAAAAGAAUACCACCAACCAACCAUCGUGUUUCCUCUCUCAAGCUUUGCAACACACUGCAGUUAGAUUCGUCGAACCCUAAAAUAUUUUCCUCUUCUUUUCUCGAACACAAAUUCUCCGUCGGUAUGGAUACAGAUGUAACCAUGGUCCCCGCCGGCGAGGCCAGCUCAAGCGCUGCCGGACCUUCAUCUUCAACCAAGAAGCCUAAGCAAUUCGAAAUUAAGAAGUGGAAUGCCGUCGCCCUUUGGGCCUGGGAUAUUGUUGUUGAUAACUGUGCAAUUUGUAGAAACCAUAUCAUGGAUCUAUGUAUUGAGUGCCAAGCAAAUCAAGCUAGUGCUACAAGCGAGGAGUGCACUGUUGCCUGGGGCGUGUGCAAUCAUGCUUUCCACUUUCACUGCAUCAGCCGGUGGCUUAAAACUCGUCAAGUGUGCCCUCUUGAUAAUAGUGAAUGGGAAUUCCAAAAGUAUGGCCAUUAGAUUCAAUAACAACAAGCAGGGCAUAUGGUUCAAAGUUUUAAAGUUUCACCUUGAUCAAUGCCCGGAAGUGAAGUACAGCCAGGAAAAAAAAGACAUUUGUGUCCAUUAACUUAAUAUUGUUAUAGUUCUUUAUCAUUCGCAUUUUGGAGGACCAACAAUCAUAUGUUUCUGAAAUGUUCUGGCAGUCUCUGUACCCAAGUUCCAUGGUCUAAUUUGCAGUUUCCGUAUACCUGCUAUUCGCUUUAAUGAUGCAAUGUUAUGAUCUUUCUAGUUUUGUGA